CGCGCACAAGCGACCAGCUGUGUGGGAAAUGUCAAAGGUCCGAUCUGUUCCCACCUGGACCAACCCUUCCUUCACUGUGGAACGAGCUGUGCGUCAAUAACAGCUGUCCUGCAGCCCCCCCACCGGCUGCCACAAGGGGAGAUUUCCGUCCUCGGGGUAGGACUUGAGAGACUUUUAUUUCAGGUUCAAGGAUUUGAGAGAAGUUUUUUUUGUUAUCAUUCACCAUGACUCCUGUGAGAAGUUGCAGGCUGUAGGGCUGCAGAUUGGUCAGUUUCUUUUGCAAAGUUUGGAAUGUUUUCCCAGAAUAUUGUGUUGCUGCAGUGGAUGGUCUCCUUGAAGGCCCAACAGUUGGACUAAUUAAUGCACAUUUCAAGCUGCAAUGGGGACCAUCAGGUAGCUUUUUAAUCUGCUUCUAGGGACUCCCCAGGGUGGUGGUCUCCCUUCGCGAUGCAAAGAUGGCGACCCUGCUCCCUUGCCCUGGCACCGAUGUCUUCCGCCCCUUUACCCGGGAAUCUCUGGUGGAAAUCGAGAGGCUCGCGGAGGAAAGGAGGAACGCAGCACAAGUAGAAAAGGAGGACGGAGAACCAGAGGCUCCACACCGUGAUCUGGAGGCUGGGAAGAAUCUGCCUCUUAUCUAUGGAGACCCUCCUCCAGAGCGGCUCAACACACCUCUAGAGGACCUGGACCCCUUCUACAAAACACACAAAACAUUCAUUGUGAUCACUAAAGGAAACACCAUCUACAGGUUCAACGCUGAGCCGGCUUGUUACAUGCUGAGCCCCUUUAGUUUGAUCAGGAGAGGAGCCAUCAAAAUUCUCAUACAUUCAUUAUUUAGCAUGUUUAUCAUGCUUACAAUUCUCUCCAACUGUGUGUUCAUGACGAUGAGCAACCCACCAGCAUGGAGUAAAACGGUCGAGUAUAUUUUCACUGGUAUUUAUACUUUUGAGGCAACAAUCAAAGUGUUGUCCAGAGGUUUCUGUGCUGGUUCUUUUACAUUCCUUCGAGAUCCCUGGAACUGGCUGGAUUUCAUGGUGAUCAGCAUGGCUUACAUCACUGAGUUUGUUGAUCUUGGCAACGUGUCGGCCCUCAGGACGUUUCGUGUACUUCGAGCCCUAAAAACAAUUACUGUGAUCCCUGGUCUGAAAACAAUCGUGGGCGCGUUGAUCCAGUCGGUGAAGAAAAUGAGUGACGUCAUGGUUCUGACCGUCUUCGCCCUGGCGGUCUUUGCUCUCAUCGGCCUUCAGCUUUUUAUGGGAAACCUGCGUCAGAAAUGCAUUCGCUGGCCCAUUCUGAUGAAUGAAACUGAAUUUUUCAUUACCACCUCUGAUUUUAAUGACACAUUCAACUUCAGCACCAUGAAUGAUACAGUUUAUUCCAACAGCACUUUCAAUUUUACUGAAUAUAUAGAGAACCCAGACAAUCAGUAUUUUCUGGAGGGUAGCAAAGAUGCUCUUCUAUGUGGUAACAGCUCUGAUGCUGGAAAGUGCCCUGAAGGAUACACAUGCAUAAAAGCAGGGAGGAACCCUAACUUUGGGUACACCAGCUAUGACGCUUUUGGCUGGGCCUUUCUGUCCCUCUUCAGACUCAUGACCCAGGACUUCUGGGAGAACCUUUUCCAACUGACGCUACGAGCAGCAGGAAGGACAUACAUGCUGUUCUUCGUGGUGGUCAUUUUUCUGGGCUCCUUCUACCUCAUCAACCUCAUCCUGGCUGUGGUAGCCAUGGCUUAUGAUGAACAGAAUCAAGCAACACAACAGGAAGCCAUUGAAAAAGAGGCAGAAUUCCAACGUCUGCUAGAGCAACUCAAAAAUCAAGAGCAGGCUCAGAUUCAUGGAAGUCGAGCGACUCUGGCCAGUCAAAAGUCCGCGUCUGAAAAAGCAGAUGAUGAAAAGACUUCCUCACAUGGUGAGACUGUAAAGGACUGCAAUGGGAGGAUCAUCCCUCAGUUGCUGAUCAGAGCGCCCACCAUGGAUGAGUCUGCUGUAGAUUAUGAACUCAAGGGCAAGUCAUCGGACUCGCUGCACAGCACGCUUCAUGUGGAUCAGCAAGGCCUGAAACAAAGAUCUGCGAGUGCUACGACUAUGCUUUCAGCCAUUGCUAUUGAAGAGUUGGAGGAAGCUCAGAGGCCGUGUCCACCAUGCUGGUACAAGUUUGCAGACAUUUUCUUGAAGUGGGACUGCUGUGUGCCCUGGGUUGUCUUUAAAAAGUGGGUACACUUUGUGGUCAUGGACCCUUUUGUUGACCUGGCGAUCACCAUCUGCAUUGUGCUCAAUACCCUUUUCAUGGCCAUGGAGCAUUACCCAAUGACCCCAGAGUUUGACUACAUGCUCUCAGUAGGAAAUCUGGUUUUUACUGGGAUUUUCACAGCUGAGAUGGUUUUCAAGCUAAUCGCCAUGGACCCUUACUACUAUUUUCAAGUUGGCUGGAACAUUUUUGACAGCAUCAUUGUCACUCUCAGCCUGGUGGAGUUGGGGUUGGCAAACGUCCAGGGUCUGUCAGUUCUUAGGUCCUUUCGUUUGCUGCGUGUCUUCAAACUGGCAAAAUCCUGGCCCACGCUCAACAUGCUGAUCAAGAUCAUCGGCAACUCUGUUGGAGCUUUGGGAAACCUUACUUUGGUGCUGGCCAUCAUCGUCUUCAUUUUUGCCGUUGUGGGCAUGCAACUUUUUGGAAAGAGCUACAAGGACUGUGUUUGCAAGAUCUCAUCAGACUGUGAGCUGCCACGAUGGCACAUGAAUGACUUCUUCCACUCAUUCCUCAUCGUAUUCCGAAUCCUGUGUGGAGAAUGGAUUGAGACGAUGUGGGACUGCAUGGAGGUGGCCGGACCUGCAAUGUGUUUUAUCGUCUUCAUGAUGGUCAUGGUUAUUGGGAAUCUAGUGGUGUUGAACCUUUUUCUGGCCUUGCUGCUCAACUCGUUCAGUGGAGACAACCUCUCAGGAGUGGACGACGACGGAGAGAUGAACAAUCUCCAAAUUGCCAUCGGCAGGAUCACAUUGGGCAUCAACUGGUUUAAAGCAUUUGUUGUUCAAAAAGUCCAGCAGAUUCUUGGCCGAAAACCCAAGGAGCCCGACGAGGGCCCGGCUGACGGAGCAGACGCUAAAACAGAGGGAAUUGAAAUGAACCACCUGGAGACCUGUCAGGCUUUUAACGUAGCAGAUGGACUAUUAGUUUGCCUGGUUGAAGGCCAGCCAUCUGGAUUUAUUGUGGAUGGAGAUGCCAGCCUGAACGUGCCAAUCGCUGAAGCAGAAUCAGAUUUUGAAAACCUGAGCGAGUAUGACCAGGAUGAUGAUGAUGAUGAACAAGAUGUUGCAGAUAAGGCAGACAACUUUGAGAGGACAAAUGAGAGAGAUAUUCAGCAAACUACGAGAAACUCAGAAGAUGUGAUCAGUAUCUCAGAAAAUAUCAAAUUGAUUGGUUCAGUGAAAGAGGACGACGCUUCAGUGUGCAGCACAGCAGACUAUGAGCCUGAACCAGAACCAGUAGAGGAAGAAGAAAUAAUAGAUCCUGUGGAGCCAGAGGCCUGCUUCACUGACAAGUGUGUGCUGAAAUGGCCAUGUUUAACUGUGGACAUCACUGACGGCAAGGGCAAGAAAUGGUGGAAUCUCCGUAAAACUUGUUUCACCGUCGUGGAACAUGACUGGUUUGAAACCUUCAUUAUUUUUAUGAUCCUCCUCAGCAGUGGAGCUCUGGCCUUUGAAGAUAUCUACAUAGAAAGACGUCAAACCAUCAAGAUCAUUCUGGAGUUUGCAGACAAGAUUUUCACAUACGUCUUUGUGAUAGAGAUGCUUCUUAAAUGGGUUGCGUAUGGCUUCAAGACAUACUUCACCAAUGCUUGGUGUUGGUUAGACUUUUUCAUUGUGGAUAUUUCCCUGAUUAGUUUAAUUGCCAGCUGGAUGGGGUACUCGGACCUCGGACCAGUCAAGUCCCUCAGAACCCUCAGAGCACUGAGGCCUCUCCGAGCUCUGUCGAGAUUUGAAGGCAUGAGGGUUGUGGUGAACGCUCUUGUUGGAGCAAUUCCCUCCAUCUUCAAUGUGCUGCUGGUGUGUCUGAUUUUCUGGCUCAUCUUCAGCAUCAUGGGGGUCAAUCUGUUUGCUGGGAAGUUCUACCGCUGCAUCAACACCACCACAGAGGAGCUUUUCCCCAUAAGUGAGGUCAACAAUCGGAGUGAAUGCUUGGCCCUUAGAGAAGCCACAAAGGAGGCUCGAUGGAUCAACAUCAAAGUCAAUUAUGACAAUGUUGGACAAGGCUACCUGUCUUUGCUUCAAGUGGCAACUUUUAAAGGUUGGAUGGACAUUAUGUAUGCUGCUGUGGACUCAAGAGAGGUUGGGGAGCAACCAUCUUAUGAGAUCAACCUUUACAUGUACUUAUAUUUUGUCAUCUUCAUCAUCUUUGGGGCUUUCUUCACUUUAAACCUCUUCAUCGGUGUUGUUAUUGACAAUUUCAACCAACAAAAGAAAAAGUUUGGAGAUAAAGAUCUUUUUAUGACUGAUGAGCAAAAGAAAUACUAUGAGGCAAUGAAGAAACUUGGUUCCAAAAAGCCACCGAAGCCAAUUCCACGCCCAAAAAACCUGAUCCAGGGCUUGGUGUUUGACUUCAUCAGUCAACAGUUCUUUGAUAUCUUCAUCAUGAUUCUCAUUUGUCUGAAUAUGGUCACCAUGAUGGUGGAAACUGAUGACCAGAGUCCAGAGAAGGAGGAUUUUCUUUUUAAACUAAAUGUGGCGUUCAUCGUUGUCUUCACUGGGGAGUGUGUGUUGAAGCUGUUUGCACUGCGACAAUACUUCUUCACCAAUGGAUGGAACAUUUUUGAUUUCAUUGUGGUAAUCUUGUCUAUAGCUGGUACAAUGCUCUCGGACUUAAUCGAGAAGUACUUUGUUUCCCCGACCCUCUUCAGGGUGAUCAGGCUAGCCAGGAUUGGAAGGAUUCUGCGCGUCAUUAAAGGAGCUAAGGGUAUUCGGACGCUCCUCUUUGCUCUGAUGAUGUCUCUUCCUGCCUUAUUCAACAUUGGUCUCCUGCUCUUCCUCAUCAUGUUCAUCUUCUCUAUAUUUGCCAUGUCAAAUUUUGCCUAUGUAAAAAAGGAGGCUGGGAUUGAUGACAUUUUUAACUUUGAAACAUUUGGUGGAAGCAUUAUUUGCUUGUUUCAGAUCACAACUUCUGCAGGUUGGGAUGGAUUUUUACUUCCAAUGCUGAACAGAGAGCCUCCAGAUUGUGAUCCAACCUUUGAGAACCCAGGAACAGAUGUAAAAGGCAACUGUGGCAGCCCAGUAAUAGGAAUGGUGUUUUUCUGCAGCUAUAUUAUCGUCUCUUUCUUGGUGGUUAUUAACAUGUACAUUGCCAUAAUCUUAGAGAACUUCAAUGUAGCACAGGAGGAGAGCGGCGAUGUUCUCUGUGAGGAAGACUUUGAGAUGUUCAACGAAACGUGGGAGAAGUUUGACCUAAAUGGAACAAUGUUCAUCAAGUUCAGUCAACUUUCGGAGUUUUGUGACACCUUACAGGAACCUCUAAGGGUUCCCAAGCCCAAUCGGUUUCACCUGAUUGAAAUGGAUCUACCUUUAGUUAUCGGGGACAGGAUCCACUACCUGGAUGUUUUGUUGGCUGUUACUCAGAUGGUACUGGGAGACACAGUGGAGAUGGCAGCCAUGCAGAAGAGCAUUGAGAUGAAUUUUACCCUGAGCAACCCAAAAAAUGAUUCCUUUGCACCAGUCAUCACAACAGUACGGCACAAAGAAGAGCUAAUGUCUUCUUUCAUCAUUCAAAGGGCUUAUCGCAGACAUCUCCUGAAGCGUUGCAUACACCAUGCUGCUUUCAUGCACCGCUCAAAGACAAUGGGCAGGAAGGGUGGAGGAGAUGAUUCUCCUGAAAAAGAGGGGUUGCUUGCAAGAAGGAUGGGGGUGCUGUAUGGGAGCAAUACAGACCUUGCUGAGGAAAUGGACCGACUUGAUUUACAAGCUCUAGCAAACCAAGAACAUCUGAACACAGAAGUGAUUUUAUGCUGUGAUGAAGCCAAAUGUCAUCAAGAGCCCUCAGAGCCGCAUAUUGUUGUUCCUGUUGAAUUAACAAACGAGGUAUUAUUAUACUCUGCCCCUGAUCAACACCUCUUAACUUUAUCAAUCCUAAAAGAGUCAUCUGUAUGACAAUGAAAAAACAGUUUUCUUUAUUUCACUUUUUUAUACUAUAUCAACUAACUUUUUAGACCCUGUUAUUGCUCCUAUAGACUUGGGAUGGGCAAUAGAGAAAAAGUACAUCACAAUUUUGUUUUGAUUAUUUAAAUUAUUUUUUAUUAUUUUUGCAAGUUACAGAACAAUGUGUACACACUGCUUCCCUCCUCUAUUUUGCAAAAUUUGUGGCUUUAUUUCUAGUGGCAAGAGUUGUGAAAUGCACAGGCAACAUCAAAAAAUGCCUCAUGCUAACAGGUGCUAGUAAUGCCAACAUAUCACCACAAAUGGUAACUACCAUGACUGCAGUAUGAAUUACCAAUUCACAGUGAAGUUAUGUAAACAGAAAAUCAUCAAGUGAACACAUUUUUAUAGUUGUUCACUUUCAAUUGUCAGCAUUGUAUUGGGCAAAAGGCGAGCAGGCUUGGAGUGUGUCACAUCUAAUACAGACGUUCUGAAAACAGGCCGUAACCAUAUUGGGCUUUUGGAUUUAAAAAUGUUCUUACUGCUUGCAUUUGAGGAAAUGCUGCACUGCAGCUUUAUUUCUUCUCAAUGUAAUAUUGUCAUAUCGCCCACUUUUAUAUAACCCCUAAAAAAAUUUCUAUUUCUGUAGUAAUAGUAUUGAAGAGUUUUUUUAGGGUCAGGGGUGAAAAUGAAAAUCAUACAACUAAAUCAACAUUCUCUUGUGGGUUGCAGGAUGUUAAAGGUGUGGGUGAAAAAAUAAAUUUUUUAGUUAUUAUGUCUGAUUACAUUUGUUCACUUGGGAGUUUUUCCUGAAGGCUGAACAUGAAAAUUGUCUCCUACACCUAUCCCCUGCAUUAGCUUUUGAUAGAAAAUAUAUGGUGAAAUGCAAGGAUUAGAACAGGGAUUCCCAAAGUGUGG